AUGUUUGUUCAGGUUUAUUUGCUUCUAUCCCUUAAUGUGGUGUUGGCAGAAAGAGAGAGAGUAAGAGUUGGAGUAUUUCAGGCUGAUGAUACCGUGCCAUUUGGCAUACAUAGGAGUGGACCAGCCGUAGAUUUAGGUGUUCAAAAACUAAAAGAAUUCGUCGGCAAGGACAUGGAUGUAGAAAUUAUUAACUAUCUUUCUUUACAAGGAUCGGAGUGUGAUCCAACUCGACAAGGACUGUUUGGAAAGAUAGCAGCUGAGAUGCAUCACUUGAAAAACAUUACAGCAAUAAUCGGACCAACUUGCAGUGUUGCUAUGGAAUUCAUAGGUAGAAUGGCGGCAGAAUGGAAUAUCCCUGUGUUUGCAACUAGCGGAGCCUAUGAGGUUUUAGAUGAUAAAACAAUUUUUAAGACACUGACUAGACUUGUAAACAACUAUAACCAACUGGCUCAGUUUUACGUGGAGAUGUUUUCUUACUUUAAUUGGACAGACGUUUCAGUAUUAUAUGAGGGAGAAGGAAAGAGACUGAAGCAAACGGUAUAUAAUGUUAACACAGGAUUUGCGAAAAAUAUACAUUCAAAUAUUUUAAGCGCUGGGUUGAAAUCAACACUUCUUCAAUUUUCCUCUGAAACAGAAGAUGGAUAUCAAAAUGUCCUGAAAGAGGGAAAUAAAACAUCUCGAGUCUAUCUAGUUGUUUGUGACAACGUGGCUUUACGGUGGUUGCUACUGACAGCUAGAUCUCUAGGAAUGACCGAGGGAGAUCAUGCUUUUAUAUAUUUCUUCAAUUUCAACGGUUAUAUAAAUGGCAAUAUCAUGAAGAAGAUAGGAGAUGAGGAUGAACAGGCAGUGAAAAAGGCAUUUGAGUCCAUUUUUCUGAUUGGUUUAUACCAGUCACAAACAAAGCAAUAUCAAGAAUUCUCAUUGCAAUUGAAAAGGAGAUCUUUAGAACAAUACAAUUUUAGCUACUUUAACGAAGAUCCGGUAUGUUAUGGAGGGGCAACCAUACCGUUUCAAUUCAGCAAUUCUAAUACAAUUCAUUGGCCGAACGGCAAAGGACCUCCAGCGAACAAACCUCGAUGUGGAUACACUGGUGACGCAUUAGAAUGCAUAGAUUCCGAGGAUAACAAUUCGUUUAUGGUGCUCUCAAUUGUACUGUCCGUACUGAUCUUCUCCGUCUGCAAUAUAGUCUUUCUUAUCUAUAGGAAAAGGACGAAAGAUGCCGAACUGUUAAGCAGCUGGUGGAAAAUACCUUGGGAAGAAAUUUCAUGGAUAUCCCAAUGUUACAGUAGAUAUUCCAAUCUGUGUCUGUCUGAAGCCAAGCUGAAAUCUUUAUCCGACAUUAGUUCAACAUCAAUGAUCAUGAACAAAAAAGUUGCCAUUUAUAAGAGCUCCAAAAUUGUUUUACACAAAUUCAACAAAAAGCAGCCCCCGUCGUCUAAAUCAUUUUAUGUUGAACUUGUACAGAUGAAGAACAUUAAUUGUCAUAACCUGACCAAAUUCCUUGGACUCACAGAGCAUGACUCCGGUCUUUAUUCCGUCACCGAGUUCUGUUCUCGAGGGGAUCUUAGGGAUAUUCUAAGCAAUGAGGCAUUUGUAUUGAAUAGAGAGUUCAGCAUUUCGUUAAUUCGCGAUAUCAUUCAGGCUAUGGAAUACCUUCAUUCUUCAAACAUACGGUUUCACGGUUCCCUUCAUAGUCGAAGUUGUGUCAUCGACAGCAGAUUCGUUCUAAAAGUGACCAAUUUCGGAUUACAGUCUUUAAAAGAUUUUAAUAUUGAUUUCCAUAGUGAAAAGUGUCUUUGGGUGGCCCCCGAACUUCUUCGAAAAUCGAAGACUAGCUCCGAUUGCAUAGAGAUGCAAUGCGCUGAUAUAUACAGUUUUGGUAUUAUCAUAUAUGAGGUGGUUUCCCGAAAAGAGCCUUAUGAAAAUGAGAAAGAAUUUCUAACACUUGAAGAAAUUGUAAUGAAUUUGAAAACUAUCGGAGAUGAACAGUUCCGACCACAGUUGGAUACAACAGAGAUUGAUAAAAACGUGAUAGACCUCAUGAGGAAUUGCUGGGAUGAGGAUCCAACAUGUAGACCAUCAUUUCAGUUCAUGCGAAAACAGUCUCGAAAAUUACACUGGGAUAAAUCUGGAGACAGACUGCUCGAUAUGCUUUUAUCUCGUAUGGAGGAGUAUGCCAAUAAUCUUGAAGAUUUGGUGGAAGAAAGAACACAGAGCUUGAUAAUAGAGAAAAGGAAGUCGGAUGAACUGCUCUACCAGAUUCUUCCAAGAAGUGUGGCGGACAAAUUAAAAACAGGCUGCAUGGUGGAGCCAGAGGCAUACGCGUGUGUCACCAUAUACUUCAGUGACAUCGUUGGGUUUACAAGCCUGUCAUCACAGAGUACCCCUUUGCAGGUGAUCGACUUUCUAAAUGACCUCUACAUUUGCUUUGACAAAACAAUCGAAAACUUUGAUGUUUACAAGGUUGAGACUAUUGGUGACGCCUAUAUGGUAGUAUCUGGCCUUCCAACGAGGAAUGGCGAUCAACACGUGGUGGAAAUAGCCCGGAUGUCGUGUUCCAUUCUAGAGAACGCGAAAAAAUUCAAAAUCAAACAUAUACCGGAUCACCGCCUCAGUGUACGGAUCGGAAUACAUUCUGGUCCAGUUUGCGCAGGCGUGGUGGGUCAGAAGAUGCCGAGGUACUGUCUGUUUGGCGAUACUGUAAACACUGCGUCACGGAUGGAAUCCAAUGGAGAACCCAUGAGAAUUCAUACCAGUGAUAAUACUCGAAACCUCCUGAACAACCAUCAAGAUUUCUUGCUUGAAGAGAGAGGAGAAUUGCAAAUUAAGGGAAAGGGUAUCAUGAGAACAUAUUGGCUUUACCUUAAAGCAGACAGGAAUUCAUAAAUAUUUAUUUAAUUUCCGUUUAAAUCCGACAAUUGUCAUAUAAGUUUUCGAUUUCUAUAGUUCCGCUCACCAGUACAAUGAGAAGGCCGUGAACACUACUCAUGCUUCACCGACACCGCAUUCAAGUGUUUCGUUCUCGAACACGUUACCUUCGACGGAAAGACUUGUAGGAACGCGUUUAAAAAUAUUGCUGCAAUGGUAAGGAAUAUCCAAUGAAAGAGAAAACAAAACAUACUGGAAUUCAGGCACACAUAUCUUUAAAAAAAAUUUGACUAUUGUAAAACGGUUCCAUGUGUCGUACUAUUGUACUAUCACACGUGCGCAAAACUUCCACUGAAGUGAAUCGUGAAGUGACAGCAUGGACUUUGUGAUCAGACAAAAAAAGUGUUUACCUGUAAAAACUUAUCAAAAUGACGUUAUUACUUAUUUAGUAUUGGAUUUACUAUCUCUUAUAUACAUGGACGAUGUUGGGUGAAGUGCAGCCAGGGUCUACAAUAGAAUGCAUACUUUGUGCAUUUUAUGUGAAUGACACACGUGUCCGAUGUGUACGCGAAGUAUAUUGGCCUUAUCUUUGCAAGAUAAUGCGGGUAUAUUUGUAAUAAGUUAGAGAAUAUAACUUCUUUUAUUUUAUUUUGAAUGUAGAAUUCGGGGGUUUUUUUCAUUGUUUAAAAUAGUGUAGCUCAUCCAUUUAUAUGCCCGUGUAUCCUUAAUGCCUCGAUCAUAAAGCAACCGACCGUAACUUUCUUUACCGGUAUAUAUACCCCAGUAGCAGUUGAGGGGCGAUCAGAAAUACUAUGACGACCAAACAUUUUUAAGAAUUCAUGUCAGCUUAAAGACAACAAGCUGAUGAUUUAUAAGUAAAAUAAAUGUUUAAGAUGAUAUCUGCCAAAUAAAAUGAAAGUGUAUCCUUGCUGUAACUUCGUACAUAUUAAGUUGUUAAUA